AUGGAUAAUCCAACUUAUGUUUUGAGGCCAAGUGAAACACAAACUGUGAGACUUAGAAUACAUCAUAGGGGACGUUUGGUGCAACAUCCAGUGAAGUUGUAUGUUGGAGGGAUUGCAAGUGAAAUGAAUUGGGACUGGGAUGUGGACUUAAUGUCCUAUAUGGAGAUUGAAAAGAUGAUUAAAAAUGAAGGGUAUUGUAAUAUACGGUGUUUAUGGUUUUGGCAUUCCAAGUAUGCCUUUUCUCGUGGACUUCGGCCUUUGAAUGAUGACAAAGAUGUGUUAAAUUUCAUGGAAGAUAUUAGAGGAUAUAAAUUGAUCGACAUUUAUGUUGAACACAAAGUCGAAGAAGUUAAUAUUGAGGAUGUUAGGUUUGAUGAUGCAAUUGACGAAGAAGUAAAUGUUGAAGAAGCAAAUGUUGAAGAAGUAAAUAUUGAAGAAGUAAUUGUUGAAGAUGAAAAUGUUGAAGAAGCAAAUGGUGAAGAUGAAAAUGUCGAGGAUGUCAAUGUUGAAGGUGUCAAUAGUGAAGACAGUGAAACAUAUCCUGAUUAUGAGGAGUGUGAGGAUGAUGAGGAUGGUGAGGAAAGUGAGGAAAGUGAGGAUGAUGAGUUGAACUUAGGUCAUGAUGUUGGUGUUGAUUGGACCACGGUUCUCCCUAACACUUCAACUGAGCAACCGUCAAGAUUGGCUGUUAAUUCUGAUAAUGAAUGUCGUGAUUCAGAUGAGCUACAUACACCACUUGGAAGUGAUGUUGAAGAUAAGAUGCAAAUCAAAGAUGCCGUAAAAGAUUAUGCAAUGGAGUCUAAUAAGAAUGUUGUGAUCAAGAAAAAUGACAAGAAGAAAGUGGUUGUAAAGCGUAUGGUAGGUUGUCCCUUUUAUAUAAGGUUUAGCCUUAGGGAAACCAACCAAUUUUGGCAACUUGUUAGCUUCACUAAUCUACAUAAUUGUCAUAGGACACCAAGGAAUAGACAAGCGACGACCGUUUGGUUAGCUAAAAAAUUUGUGAAUACACUAAGACACACUCCUGAAAUGAAGACUAAAGGGUUGAUUGCAUAA